AUGACUGCUCUCCGAAACCCAAAGGGAACAGCCAUUGCAUCGAGAAGGGGGAUGGAGAAAAUCAUCUACGACUUCUACUCUGAUCUCUUCGACAGCCAUGUCCACUUGCCUCCUCACCAUCUGAGGGAAGAUGGACAAGUCAUUCCAGAGGUUCUCCCGUCCGAAAUACGACAUGCUAUCAUGUCGGUAAGAAAUCGUACGGCACCCGGUUCCGACAGAAUAAGACCAGAACACCUGAAGAGCCUUCCGCCAGUACUCAUCAACACCCUGGCGAGGCUCUUUACACGUUAUCUGUCGGAAUGCAAGGUUCCUAAACAGUGGAAGACCAGCAAGACUGUGUUGUUGUAUAAAAAGGGAGAUCCACAUGACAUCGGCAACUAUCGCCCAAUCUGCCUACUGUCCGUCAUCUACAAGCUCUUUACAAGAGUAAUCCUUAAUAGGAUUGAAAAAGUCUUGGAUGAAGGACAGCCAUGCGAGCAAGCAGGGGUUCGAAAAGGAUUCAGCACGAUUGACCACAUUCACACUGUUUCAAAACUCAUCGAGGUAUCACGAGAGUACAAGAUGCCGCUCUGUCUCACCUUCAUCGACUUAAAGAAGGCCUUCGACUCGGUUGAAACGGAAGCGGUCGUGGAAGCCUUGGACAACCAAGGCGUCCCUACUGAGUAUAUAAAGGUUCUUCGAGAGUUGUACAGUAACUUCACGACCGGAAUUUCGCCAUUCUACAAGAACAUCAUCAUUGACGUGAAGAGGGGGGUCCGACAGGGUGAUACAAUUUCACCCAAAAUAUUCAGAGCCACCCUCGAGAACGCAAUGCGAAAGUUGGAAUGGGACUACAUGGGAGUGAAGGUUGAUGGUCGGCAGCUACACCAUUUGCGCUUUGCUGAUGACAUCGUACUGGUAACACCUAGCAUCAGCCAAGCGGAACGAAUGCUGACCGAAUUCGACGAAACAUGUGGAUACAUCGGUCUUCAGCUGAAUCUACAAAAGACGAUGUUCAUGCGGAACGGAUGGGCCUCGGAUGCCCCAUUCACGCUCAACGGAACGAACAUAUCCGAAUGCACCAGCUACGUUUAUCUGGGUCGGGAACUGAUGAUGAACGACCUGACCCCCGAGCUGGGCAGAAGGAGACGAGUGGCUUGGGGAGCGUACAAGAGCAUCGAGGAUGUAGUGAAGAAGACCAGGAACACCCUGUUCCGUGCUCACCUCUUCAACACCACCGUACUUCCUGCUUUGACCUAUGCUUCGGUAACCUGGGCAUUUUGCAAGCAGGAAGAAAACGCGGUGAGCGUCAUUGAACGCGCAAUUGAGAGAGUGAUGCUAGGAGUAUCUCGUUUCACGCAAGUGAGGGACGGGAUUCGAAGUUCUCUCCUACGUCAACGAUCGAAGAUUAGAGACGCCGCCGCGUUUGCCAAGGAAAGUAAAAUAAGGUGGGCCGGACACUUGAUGCGCUUUAAUGACAACCGUUGGACCAGAGCCGUGAGCGACUGGGUUCCCCGCGAUAUUAAGCGCACUACAGGAAGACCGCCGACCCGAUGGUCAGAUUUCUUCAUGAAGUCCUUCAAAGAAAAAUAUGAUGCUCUUCGUGUCCCACGCGAAAGGAGGAACCACUGGGCUACUCUGGCACGGGAUCAGGACAAAUAG